AUGAAUGAUUUGAGAGUUAACAGGUUGAAGGUUAUCACAUCAGUAGAAUGGUUGUAUGAUGCUGUUGAAGCUUCCAAGGAUAACCAUGUCAUCGGAACGGAGAAUGAACUAAACAUGGCAGUGGACAGAGAGGCUGAUUGGAUUAAGGCCAUGCAAGAUAAGCUAAAUCAAUUUGAAUGUCAUCGUGUGUGGACUCUUGUUCCCAAGCCUCAAGGAAAAACUGUCAUUGCUACUCAUUGGGUUUUCAGAAACAAAAUGGAUGAAGAUGAAAUUGUAAUAAGGAACAGAGCCAGGCUUGUUGCUCAUGGUUUUUUUCAGCUUGAAGGUUUAGACUAUGAUGAAACAUUUGCUCCAGUCGCAAGACUUGAAGCAAUUCGUUUGUUUCUAGCUUUUCCUCCUUCAAGAACUACAAAGUUUACGAAAUGGAUGUCAAGACUGCAUUUCUACAUGGAGUUCUUCAAGAAUGAGUCUUUCUAA